GUGAGUUCUCUGGUUAGUUUUGAUGUCGAAGAGACGAAUAAUAUAAGGGAGCUUUCAUGCAGAGGAUUGCUUACAGACACAGCAUUAGAAAAAGGGGCGAGGGGGAUUUUCUGUGUUACCAUUCUUAAGCUUGUUUUUGAGGUUUUGUGCGAGGCUGGUACAAUGAAUUCUCGCUUGUUCAGUGCUGCAGCCCGAACAACAAGGGCAUUUGCUGCUGCUGCUGCUUCCAAAUCUAUCAAUGUUUUACCAGAAGCAAGAUCUGUAGCAGGAGCAGUAGCAACCUCAUGCAGAGGAAGGUUCUCAUCACUCGCUGCCCUAGGUUCUUAUGGGGAGCACCAGAAUGCUUACAGGCAGUGGAUAUCUGGGGCAUUGAUGUUGCCUGCUGCAGUGUACAUGCUUCAAGAUCCACCAGCCCAAGCAGCAGAGCUUGAACGAACAUUUAUUGCCAUCAAGCCGGAUGGUGUACAGAGAGGACUUAUUUCAGAGAUUGUUUCCCGUUUUGAGCGUAAGGGUUACAAACUCGUUGCCAUUAAGCUGGUGGUUCCAUCCAAGGACUUUGCAGAGAAACAUUAUUAUGACUUGAAAGAGAGACCAUUUUUCAAUGGCUUAUGUGAAUUCCUUAGUUCUGGACCUGUUCUUGCAAUGGUAUGGGAAGGUGAAGGAGUCAUUAAAUACGGACGCAAACUUAUAGGUGCAACCGAUCCUCAGAAAUCUGAGCCUGGGACUAUUCGAGGUGAUCUGGCCAUAAUUGUUGGAAGGAAUAUUAUUCAUGGAAGCGACGGGCCAGAGACAGCCAAGGAUGAGAUCAAUCUAUGGUUUAAGCCAGAGGAGCUAAUCAAUUAUACGCAUAACAGUGAAAAGUGGCUUUAUGGAAAGUGAAGAAUAACUCACAUUUUAAAGCAUAACGACAAGAAAUGGUUUUCUGAAGAAUAACCCAUUUCCAUUUUUCAUUUCAAAAUAAAGAUGUCAUUGAUAGCCAUUCCUGGUCUGAUCAUGACCUUUAAUUAUGCCCUCACCAAAGAGGUCUCGGUAAACUAGAUGAGAGAGAGGAGGUUGUUUUUCUUAGUAACCUCUUCAUUUUCUAUGCGUGUUGGAUCAUAUUACUAAUAAUGGAAGUCACCUUUGAAUCUA